AUGUCUCCCAGUAACCGCAAGUAUCCCAAUCCACUCCUCUUCGUCGGUGUCUCGCUCGCCUCCUACGCUGCUUUCUACUACCUCAUCCAGCACCGCGAGGCCACAUACCCCGCAUCCCGGCAGGCCCGCCAACGCGACAGCCCGCUUAUCCCUCCCAUUCACCCCGAGGACCUCUCCAAGGACAAGACGCGUUAA